UUAUUUGCGCCGUCAAUUGUCAAAAUUUAAGUUAAAAUUAUUAGAACUUUACAGUGAUUUUGAUGUUUGCUUACGUUUUAUCGAAAAUAUAACACAUCUAAGCUUAAAUAUUUAAUUAAAGUGAGUUUAUGUUUAACCACAAGAAUACAAAUACUUUUGCCUACGAAAUGUGAAUACAAUCAUCGUUACACACUUCAUCUCGAAGCAUUACCUGCGUAUUUUACAUAGACCUCGAGAUUUUUCAGAUAGUUCAUGAGGUUGGGUAUUUCUGCUAAAACAGCAUAAUGACCAUGAGCCAGGUGUCCGUUUUGAAACUUUAUAACUCUGUAGUAGAUGAUGUGAUUGCUGGCGUGCGAGAUUGUUUCCUUGAUGAUGGUGUAGACGAACAAGUAUUACAAGAGUUAAAACAAUUAUGGAAAUCAAAAUUAGUUGCUAGUGGUGCGAUGGAUCCUGCACCUGAACCUCCGAUGCAACAAAUACCGCAGCCACCUGUAUUACAGCAUUUUCAAAAGGUCAAUGGUAACAAUUUAUUGCCAAAAAGAGGUGACAUAGGACCACAAACUUCUGGCCAGUCAGGGGUGGAACAUGGAGCGCCUGGUCCAAACAUGGGUCAUCCUCAUCCAGUACUUGACCCUAAUAAUAAGGUGCCUGUUCAACUAACACUACCAGCACAACCGAGUGUGCCUGGAUCUCAACCACGUUCCUUUACAAUUCAAAUUCCAGCGUCUGCACUUAAUGGAAAUAAACUUCAUCAAGUAUUAACUGGACCUAUAAUUAAUGCUACAAUAAAUUUACCGCAACCAUUGGCUGCAACACUUCUUCAGCAACAUAUAAACUCUGCACUGGCAGGUCAACAGAAUGACUUUGAUGGUGGUGGUGGUGGUGGUCGUAGUGGUGCUGCACCCUUUUCUCUUGAUGGUGCUUUAGAUUCUUCUGAUGAUGAAGGGUCCAAUGUAGGGGAUGGUUCGGAAGAUGCUGCUGGUGAUGAUGAUGAAGAUGAGGAUUCAGUAGAAGAGAGAGCAGAAGAGGAAGAAGAAGAAAGAGAUGAAUUUGGAGGAGCGGAGGAAGAACCACUAAACUCUGGUGAUGAUGUUUCUGAUGAAGAACCUGGUGACAUGUUUGACACUGACAAUGUGGUAGUAUGCCAAUAUGACAAGAUUACACGUACAAGGAAUAAGUGGAAAUUUUAUUUUAAAGAUGGUAUUAUGAAUCUAGCUGGGAAGGAUUAUGUUUUUCAAAAAGCUAAUGGUGAUGCAGAGUGGUAAAUUUAUUCAAUUAUUAUAAAUUAUGUGGAUGUAAUGAUUGAUAUUGAUGUAAAUUGUUGUUGUUACAAAAUACCAAUAUCGCCAGGCUAAAAAUUUCAUAAGUUGAAAAGAUGUAUAUAAUUUUUUUAAUAUGAGCAUCAAAUUAUAAAUUUUUUAGUAAAUAAUUUUGUGUGUAUAUUCUUGUACUGUAGUUUUCUAUGUCAAGUAUGUUAAAACCAUCGCAGCUCAAACUGAUUAUUAAUUGAAAUUAUUUUAUUUUAUUACUACUAAACAAAAUGCAAUUUUCAAAAUUUAAGAAAAAACAACCUUGAUGCAAAUAACUGCUUUGGUAGUGUAAGUCAAUGUUACAUACUUUCCUGUUAGUUUGUUCAUUUAUAUUUUAAGUAACUCAAUAAAAUAUAGUGUUUAAGUUAUAUAAUUUCUUAUUUCAACUCAGAAUAAAUUUUUGAAGAGAAUACAUUUUUCUCUUGAGCUUCACUAAAGUAUGAAAUUCAAAGUACCUCAGUGCCAUAAAGUUAAAAUCCAAUCCAACCAAAGUUCAGACUAACUUAACAAUAAAAUAGAAAACAUGUGAAGCUGGUAAAAAGUUUGGUUUUUGUAAGAAAAAUAAUUUGCUUGCUUGGAAAUUAUAGGUAAGCAAACAAUUGUAUAACUUGUAAUUAGUAGUUUAUAUAAGAUAUUUAUGUCAAAUUUGUAUAUUUAAUACAGUUAAAUACAUGUUUUCAAAGACAGCAAUUAAAUCAAUACUGUUAAUUAAUGUUUAUAUGUCCAUAUUCACUUAUAUUUUCCAAUAAUUAAUAUUUAAAAUCUUAGUUGGAUAACAACAUGUAUAUUGAAAGUAAUACAAAUUUAUUCUUUAUUUAAUUUUUUUAGAACAACUAUGUCAUAUACACUUCUAAUAGACACAAUCCAUUUUUCAAUGGUGCAAACCUAAGCCACUACAAACAAAUAAAAAAUGGUUGUGCAUUAUUUCAAUUUCUAUUAUGUUGAUUAUGUAGCAAACUUCUAGCUUGCAGUUAUAUUUUUGUAAAUUUUAGUAUAAUUUGCACAAAAUUAUUAGUUUUUUUUAGUUAAUAAUUCUCACCAAUUACUUUUAUGUGAUAUAACAUUUAGAAUUUAUGUAGAUAAUAAUACCAAUACCUUAAUUUCUAGUGCAGAUUCUAUAUUAAGAAUUUGUUACUAAAUAUGUACUAAGUUUACUUACUUUAGUUUGUGGUUCAAUAGUUUUGUUUCCAACAUUAAUGAAUGCUGUAAUAAAGAUAUUGCAGUUAA